CGGAAGAGACGGAAGCCGCUGAGGAUCAGUAAAGAUGGCGAGCGCUGAAACAGAGGCCGAGGCGCCGCGUCUCUCCGAGCUUCUGGACGGAGGAUGGAAGCUGUUUGAGGAGGUGGAGAGCACCGCGGAGCCCACCGGCUCUAACCCCAUACAGGUGAAGGUGAAGCGGGGAAUGAAGCAGCUGGAGGAGGCGCUGAGCAUGGUGGAGCAGCUGAACCUGUUCAGUCGUAACGAGGAGCUGGAUGAAGUUGCCACAGCUGAUCUGAAGUACCUGUUGUUGCCAGCACUGCUGGCAGCACUGACGCUGAAGCAAGUGAACGCCGCACAGAGGCUGGACCACGUGCAGAAAGCCCGCAGACACUUCAUGGACUUCCUGCACAGAUGUAAGGACUACAGCAUCAGCAGCUUUCACAUGCCUGGGGACAGUGAGAGUGUGGAGACCACACCCACAGAGACGGAGCCCGACUCCACAGUUUCUGCCCCACGGCCCCAGCAGCCGGACUUCAUUGCCAUGGCGACGCAGAGACAGGCCAAAAUUGAAAGGUUCAAGCAGCGAAAAGAGGCAGAGGCUAAGCUAGCAGAGUUGCGUACGGCAGUUGAAGGUGGGUCAGCAGAUGAUGAAGUUGUAAGGGAGUUUUACCUUCUUCAGGCGCGCAGGUGGAUUAACAUCGCCAUCGAGGAGAUUGACUCUAUCGACCAGGAGAUGCAGAUACUCAAGAGGAUGGAUGUUCUCAAACAGACUCCAGCCCAGCCACCUCAUUCAAGAAGACCUCCCAUGAAGCCUUUCAUUCUAACUAAAGAUGCAGUACAGGCAAAGGUUUUUGGAGCUGGUUACCCAAGUCUCGCCACUAUGACUGUGGAUGACUGGUAUGAUCAGCACAGAAGAAAAGGAUGCUUACCUGACCAAGGAAUCCCACAGAGUUCAGCUGACGUGGACGCAGAGGAGCGAGAACGGGAGGAGAAAGAGCGGAGAGAAGAAGUGGAUGACGAAGAGGCUUUACAGAAAGCCAGAGACUGGGACAAUUGGAAGGACACACACCGUAGAGGAUAUGGCAACCGCAAGAACAUGGGCUGAAAACCCGCACACCCAAAAGCAAGAACUCUGGGUGGCCUUACAUAGAUGUACACACUGACAUACCCACACUAUGAAAGGACACACUGAAGAGGAUUUUGCAGCCCCAACCUCUUAAAAGGAGAGACUUUGGAUGGCCUCACACUAUAGAAACCAUGGGUUGAAUAUUUAAAUGAACACACACACACCAACAGCAAAGAUGCUGGACAGCCUUACACAUACAUACAUACCUACCCACACACACACCAUUUAUUCAGUUUAAACUAGAAACACAGCAAUUGUGUAGAGAACAUGGCAACUGUAAGAACAUGUACAAAACAAGAAGACACACACACAACAUUCUCUUUCUCCAAAAAUAAAUGGUGUAAAAUGCUGACUGUGUGUGUUUAAGAACAAUAGAGAGAAUAUUAGAUAAGUUAAGACAAUGUAUCCUGGUAUUUAUACUGGAUGUCUGGUAGAAUAAAAUAAGAAGAGUCAGUUAAGGCACACUGAAACUGUUCAGUUCUAAACACAAUUGAUUAACAGCAUUUGUAAUCAUUUGUACGUUUAGAGUAUAAGUUACUGAUAUUCAUAAGACUAAGCAGUGUGAAAUUAAACCCAGUUUGUAAUGUAAUGGAUGGCAGAAAGUGUACAGCCCUUCUAAUUGACCCAACAGAAUAUGGGCUUUUAGAACAAGUCAGGUUCUAGAGAGAAAAUUUGAUAAAAUAAAAAAAUAACUUGUUUCUGGUUUACCAUCACAAUACCAUGGCUUAAUUCUUUCCAUACCAUUUAACCAUUAUUGUGAUUCUGUAGUAGUCUAAUGCCAACCACACACUGGAACACUUUGAAAAGACUUUUUUUUAUUAAAGUCUUAAACUCACA